AUGACUUGUAUCUACAUCGUGGUAGAGAGUGCUAGGAGUGCUACACCUUGGAACAGAGAGGAGAACAGAAAGAAAAGAAAGAAAAGUGCGAUGGUGUGAGUUUCUCAUUACAACCCGAGUUAUACCACUAAUAAGUGUUAGGCAAUCAACCUGUAUGAACUUACCAAUUGUCCAUAUUAACAAUAGUUGGAAGGCCGAGCAAAGAAAGUUCGAAAUGAGCCAGAAAGAACACCAGCAGCAGCAAAAGUUGAAUAUAUGGAGAUUGGGCAUGCGGAAACUUUAUGGAUGUUCCGGUCUCCUAAUAUGCAGUUUGGUCCUGCUUCGUGUCGUCUAUAUCCAUGACCGUUACAUGGCAAUUACAGUUCUAUUGGAGACUCAACGACUACUACAGCAACUUCUUAAACUGUAUGACUCUGUUGGAACAUUCCAAAAGGGGUGGAUAGACUGCGAACGCAUCAUCAAUAUUGAGGGCGAAACACCCAAUCAACAGAACAUUGUUUAUAUCAGGCCAACUGUGGCAUUUGAUACUGUGAUUGGAUCAGUUAACCUAUUGAAUCGCCAAUGCAACCCAAUAUCACAUACAAAAAUAGACGGAUUGGAUUCUGACUCUCGUUGGCAUUUGAUCAAGGUGCUUCGUGGUAUUGAAAAAUUAACUUGGGGUACGAUCCGCUUAGACCAUCAAGAUAUCACCACUUAUUCCUCACAGGCUCUUCGAGAGAGCAUUGGAAUUCUUCCCAGCAAAUUUCCAACGACCGGAAACGACACCUGCCAUACCUUCCUCCUCAAUGGCUUUGAUUAUAACGAGGACGAAAUUCGCGCCGCGUGCAUUAAGGUUAACAUUGAUAAGAAGAUUCAAAGUUUCUCUAGCAACUAUUCAACAUAUAUAACGGCUCUCACUAAGCAAGAGUUAAGGCGAUUGGGUCUCGCAAGACUCUUGCUCCAACGAACAGAACUUUGGGUACUUGAUGGAGAUAUCAUACCUCUUGAUGAUACAGAGAUAUUCUCAUUAAGUAAAACAUUAAAUGUGGUCUUUGAUAGCAAAACUGUUAUCACUUUAAGGUAA